AUGGCAUCAAAAUUCAGUUUAUACAGGCCAUUUACACAAAACUUCGUAGUAGGAUGCAUCUUAUUAUGCCUACCAGGCAUUUACACCGCGCUCACCGGCCUCGGCGCCGGCGGCGGACAGCCAUCCUCAGCAGACGUAGCUAACAAGACCAAUGCCAUCCUGUACGGCCUAUUCGCCUUAGUCGGCCUCUUUGGCGGCACCAUUCUCAACAUCCUGCGCCCAAAGCUAAGUCUCAUGAUUGGCUCCUUGGGCUAUCCCUGCUAUGUCGGAGGGCUGUGGUACUACGAUCGAACUGGAAAUGCGUGGUUCGCACUCCUCUCAGGCGCGAUACUAGGAUUGACCGCUGGCUUUCUAUGGACUGCUGCUGCAUACGUACAGUUCAGCUAUGCUCAAGAGAAAGACAAGGGAUUGUACAUCAGCAUACAAUGGAUUCUCAAAAGUAUAGGCGCCAUGAUAGGAAGCUCUGUCUCACUUAGCCUCUCCAUCGACCAGAAAAAACCAGUCGGUGUAUCAACACCCGUAUACAUCACCUUUAUCGUCAUCCACUCAAGCGCCAUCUUCAUCGCACUCUUCUUCAUCGUCAACCCUAAGAAAGUCGUUCGGGAGGAUGGAACACAUAUUGCCAUCUUCAAACCCGCCAAGUUCUGGCCUGAGUUAAAGGGCACCGUAGCCGUCAUGUGCGACUACAAGUAUCUCCUCACAGCGCCAGCCCAACUCGUCUGCGAGAUGGCACUCGCCCUCGUGAGCAGCGUAAAUUCCAAAUACUUCAACCUGCGCACACGCUCCGUCAACAACUUCGCCUAUCAAGCCACACAGGUCUUCGUCCCCGCCAUCCUGGUCCUCAUCCUCGACGGCAAAUACGUCCAGUCACGUAGAACAAGAGGUCUCAUCGGCAUCUCAAUAAUGGGCACCAUUGCCGUUGGAGCAAGUACCGGGCUCAUCGGCUGGCUGCGAGUAAACAAGGUCGACUCGCUGACGAAACCAGCUGGAGCAGAUUGGACUGAUCCUCAGUGGCCGGGACUGUUUGCAUGCUACGUUCUCUUUGCGGCGAUUUACUCUGGGUAUCAGAUGUGCACCGAGUACACGCUUUCUGCUACGACGAAUGAUCCUGGGAUAUUGGCACGCGUGGCCGGCAUGUUUAAGUUUUAUUCGGCGCUUGGUAUGAUGAUUUCAUUCAUCAUGGCCGGUGAGGGUGUCAGCUUUUUGGGCCAGGUUACGCUGCAGCUUGUGCUGUACAUCUUGGGUAUUGCUGGGAUUGUCUGGGCUUUGGUUUAUCACGUAAAGGAUAGUCUCUACUUUUCCGAGGACAAUGUUAUUGUGCCUGUCGCAGUGGAGGAGCAGAAGAAGGGUUUGGAGUCAGAAAAUGCGCAUUGCGCAGAGGACGUGUCGCUCGACGAGAUUGACGUACCUGGUCGUAGAUUGUGA